GCGCUCCUCUCCGUUACGGCGCGGCGUGUCUGGCGGCCACUCGACGCGGGCCGGACACGUCUGAAGCCGACAAUCUAUUCGCCGCCGGCACCAGCUUGUGGAUCGUCAUGCUAGAGGUCUAUAACCCUUUCGCUCGUUCAGUGGAGCUGGUGAUGGCGGUAUGACACAUCCCUGCACCCAUACGCUGCAACACACUAACACGCGUGAGGUCGUCCUCCUCAUUCCCUAUGGUAUCCUCUCGAACAACCCCUCAUUUCAGACAAGAGCGCUAUAUCUCUUGUCCUCCUCUCUCACUAUGAGCCGCCGUAUGAGACUACUGGAUGCCGAGGAUCUGGACGGCCCACGGUCGCAGCAAGUGUCACAUUAUAGUUCGAUGCUGUGGUCUUUGUGGUUGUGGGACAUUCUCUUGGCCCUCCACACCGAUCAUCCUACCACAUUCUCGGCCUCCGAAAUCUCCUCGACCGGUCCGUUCUCUUCCGUUCCAUUUCAAAAAAUGUAUCGCGAGUUAUGCAAUGAAACCUGGAAGCCCACGCCUCCCGACCCCCGUCCCGAGGACAGAGUACUUCGAGAUCAAGGCUUCCUCUUGAUCAUGGCCAUUCUGUCCGACGCCAUCACUAUGCGCAGAUCUCUCGGGACAGAUCGUGACUUCAUGGACGCAACCGCGGCGGAAGUGUAUCAACACAACCCCUUCACCCCUCUGUCUGCGCGCGAAGAGCUCGAUCGCAUGGAGGAGCAACUGUGGAGAGCACUGGACCGGUACGAUGCAGUAUAUGGGGACUCAUUGACCAGCGACCUGCAAGCUCUGUACCAAUACACUCGGUUGUACAUCUCCUGCAAGGGUGUGACGAGUCUUUGCCGCGUGGCGCACGACGCUACCCUCGGUGCCCCCGGGCUCGCCAGCCUAUACGCCUGGGGCAGGCAGAAUGUCAUGCGUCAGGAAUCGGUCGACCAUGCCUGGAGUGUGCUUCAUUUCGUGGCGAAGCGGGGAUCAGACCCCGCCACAGCCUGUCCUACUUGGUUCCCAAUUGUGACCUUCCACGCCGCUUUGGUGGUGUGGGCGCGCAUCAGCCAGGGCCGGCACAGUGCGCCCAGUGCGCGCGGCGGUGAAAACAUGCACGCUUUGAGCUGGUUCAAAACGGAACUGGAGGUGAUGCAGUUCCCGUGUUGCACUGUCAUGGUUGCGGUCCUUGACAUGCUAAUGUCGGGCGGAGCCGUUUGAUAUUCGUGAAUUAAUGACUCGGCAUUGGAGCUCACGACAUACAGGUAUUAUUCCCGGAAGCUGGCAUCCCAUUAGGAAUUUCGCAAUCCGGUGUUGGAAAGCGGUGUCGUUGAUCGACAGAUAUCGGCUUGAUAAUGAGGGUUCACGCCCUUGCAGAACAGGCUAUACAUGCCCGCUAGAAGGUGCAGAAGCGGGCGGCAUGGAGAGUGCCGGACCCGGCGAAGCUCAUAGGCCGGCGACCCGCCAGCCCCCCUCAG